UAUUGCUGGGAUUCACUGUUGUUUAAUAACCGAGGCUAUGGCGACGUUGGUCUCUAUGGUUACUGUGUGAGCGCAAAGCAUGCUGGGAGUGAGUGUGUGGGAAGUGCUAGAAGAGAAGCGACCGAGUACGGGGCUGGAGGCGCAUCACCACCAUGUCUUCUCCAAACAAAGCACUCGAAUUGCAGUUACAAAUGAAGCAGAACGCAGAAGAGCUGCAAGACUUUAUGAGAGAGCUAGAAAGCUGGGAAGAGGAUAUUAAACAAAAGGAUGCCAAGCUGAGUAACCAGACAGGCACGAAUGAAGAAACACUACCACCAAUAAGAAAUAAAGACUAUAGAAAGAAGAAAAAGACCAAAAGUAAAGUGUCUACGGAAGCAAAGAAAAAUGAAGAGAACAAAAACCCCAAAAGAAAAUUAAAUGACUACAACUACUGGGAUAAGCUGGAUGUGGAUAAAGCUUUACAAGAGCUUGAUAAAGAGGACAACACGAAUGAAUCAAUGUCUGCGGAGUCUGAUUCUGGGGAUGAAGAUGGCAUCAUAGUUAACACAGAAAAGGCAUUGGCAGAAAAAGAAAAGGGAAAUAAUAAUUUUAAAGCCGGGAAGUAUGAUGACGCUAUACAGUGCUACACAAGAGGCAUGAAUGCCGAUCCAUAUAAUGCAGUCUUGCCUACAAAUCGAGCUUCAGCUUUUUUUAGGUUAAAGAAAUAUGCUGUUGCUGAAUCAGACUGCAAUCUGGCUAUUGCUUUAAACCACAAUUACUGGAAAGCAUAUGCACGCAGAGGAGCCUGUCGUGUGGCAUUGAAGAAUUUCCAAGGAGCAAAAGAAGAUUAUGAAAAGGUCUUGGAAUUAGAGCCGAACAAUUUUGAAGCCACCAAUGAGCUAAAGAAAAUAGCCCUGGAACUGCCAUCAUCCUCAAGUACAUCACAGGAAAAAGAAGGCUGUAGAGAAAACGUUCAGGAGAAAAGUUCAGAAGUAGCUGAAGAAGAGCAAGAACGAAUAGAAGUCCAACAGCUGAAACAAAAAGCUAUUGUACAGAAAGAUUUGGGAAAUGCUUACUUUAAAGAAGGAAAAUAUGAAUUUGCCAUUGAAUGCUACACGCAAGGAAUUGCAGCAGAUGGCACAAACGCAUUGUUACCAGCAAAUCGAGCCAUGGCCUACCUGAAAAUUCAAAAAUACCAAGAAGCAGAAGAUGAUUGUACUCAAGCAAUAGCUUUAGAUACUUCAUAUGGAAAAGCUUUUGCCAGAAGAGGGACUGCUAGAGUGAUGCUUAGAAAACUGAAAGAAGCAAAAGAAGAUUUUGAGAUGGUUUUAAAACUUGAGCCUGGAAACAAGCAAGCAAUAUCUGAACUGGCCAAAAUUUCUCAGGAACUGAAUGAAAAAACAGUAAAUCCAACUCAACAGACUUCAGAUGAAAAUAAGGAAAUUGCUAAAAGACGUGUUGUAAAGGCAAUGGCUAAACCUAUACAUCUAAGGUCAACUAAGCCUUUAAGGAGGAUGGAAAUUGAAGAAAUUGGAGGCAUAUUACUAACUCCAGUGGAUGUUUUGAAUGAAUCUAAUGAUGCUGGUAAUGUGAAUGACUUGGUCCAACCUGAGGACCCUGACGAAAGUAAAGAAGAAUUGAACCCUAAAGAACCAACUUCCAUUCACCCAGAAGCUCCCAGUGCUAAGAUGUUAAAGAUUGAAGAAAUCAGUGACUUACCAACAUUUCAGGAAAACCCAGAUAAGAACAUCCAACCUCUGACCAGACCAUUAAAUACGGAAAAGGAUCAGCCUAUGUUAUCAGUAUUAGUAGAGUGUGACGUUCCAGGAGUUCCUGCAAAUUCAUUUCAACUUGAGUCGGAUCUAAGAAGAAUGAAAGGGAACAUGGAUAUGUUAUAUACAUACCUAAAACAAAUUGAGCCCAGACUUUACGUCAAGCUGUUUCAGAAAGCUCUAGAUCCGGACGUCUUCAAUGAAAUAAUAAAAAUUCUACGACGUAAAUACAUUGAAAAUGAUGACGCUGAUCUGGUGUUUGAGAUUUUAAAAACCUUUUCUGAGCUUAAGAGGUUUGAUAUGGCAGUAAUGUUUUUGUCAAAUUCAGAAAAAGAAGAUGUUCAUGCCUUAUUUGCUUACAUAGAAAUGGCAAAGAAGACUAAUGAUUCUUGUGCAGCUCUGAAGAAGAAAUACGGCCUCUGAGUAUAACAUGGACAGGGAAAACCUGAAAUAUGUGGAUAUGUAUUAAAUGGACUGUUGAAACAAUCAACUGUUACAAAGAACCUGUGGCAGGAUUUGGAAUCUACAAGCAGCAUGAAAUAGAACAGGAGGUGCUGAGCAGACUGAUAUAUAUAUAUAUGUCUUGUGGGAAAGGUUUCAGGAUAACUUGUCAUUUAUUCAUGUAAACCCCAGCUCUCUCUCUACAUGUACACUAUGCACAGAGAGCUGUCAAUCACUGAGUAGGACCGCCCACUUGACUACUUAGCCCAGAAUGAGCAAAAGUUCCUUCUGCUCUAUAACAUGCUGUCUGCAGACUGGACUUUAUUUUUAACCUGACAGGUUCACUUCAAGAGAAAACUCUAUACUGGCUACCUGGAUAAUUAUCACUGACAUGAUGUACAAAAUAAAUUUUUCAUUUCUGAUUUAACGAUU